AUGGCCUCCUAUCUCUUGGACCGAGGUGCCUGGAUCCUGGCCCGAAUGGCCUCUCACCAGCACCGGGGUCGGCCACCACGUUAUCCCAGUGGUGUCCUUUCCCCCGCCCACUGUGCAGGUCCUCAGCAGGUGGGAGACCACCUCCGGCUCGGCUUUCCAGCCCAAGACUCACGGCGGUCCCUGCGCGCAGCCCAAGGCCCCAGAGCCCGCGGACCCCACGCGGACUAUGGGGAUCAAGGAUUUAGGGGAAAAGCUCAAACACCAAGCCUGGCGCCUCCCUCUGAUCACAAAGCGCCGUCUCAGCGAGAUGAAGUCUCAGUACACCGGCUGGCCCGGCCUGGACUCGAACGACGAGCUGGCUGGCCAGCCUUUCACCGUAUCCGACCAGGGCAUCCUGAACCGCCAUCAGCUCUACCUGACCAUUACGGCCCGGGACUUCCGCACCUACCCGAAGAAGGAGUUGCUGGGAUACCCCCGUAAGGACUCGCUGACCUACUGGAGCUUCGAGGAGACGCCCCAGGCCUGGGGCCACUGCCCACAGCGGCCGCCCUAUCCGCGCUCCUCUCGGCUGGGCCAGCCACCUCCCUGAAGCAGGAGUCCUACAGCCCCCCGCUACACCCACUCCGCGGGCUCGACCGUUUCUGCCUGCUGGAGGCGCCCUGGGGCGGUCUCCACUGGAAGCCGGUGCCGGCCAUCCGCACGGUGCCACAAGCCUACUGCACCGAGAGCUCGCGCUAUGGGAGCCGAAGGCCCGCGCUUGUGUGA